GGCGGGAGCGCAGCCCCGCAUCCGCACCUGGGCGGGCAGGAGGCACCGCAUCCCGCACCUGGGCGGGCAGGAGGCACCGCAUCCCCGCGCCUGGGCAGCGCCGACACCGCUCCUGCCCCGCCAGGAUGAGCGGCCGCGCCGGGGGAGCCGCGCCGGGCGCCGCGGGGCUCUGCCCCGGCCACGAAUUUCAAAAUAAAGACCUUCAUGGAUGCUGCCUGUGCCCUUUCCAGUCUCACAGACCAUCCCAUCCAUAAAUCCCUGCAGUCUGAGCAUGUUGCAGCCUCCAAACUAAUUUAGCACAGGAGGAACACACCAUGAGUCCAGUCACAGCUUUCCCCUCCAUCAGCACAGAGAGACCCCAAAUUCCGCUCUGUUCGUCGGAUCAUCAAACCAUGGAACCACACAUCACAGAACGGCUUCUCUCACCACACUGGGCUUAAGAGUCCUGUAUGGAGUUGUUUUUAUCCUGUAUCAAACCCUCAGGAUGAGGUCUCUUCUAUGGACAUUGAACUCCCAGCUACCUGUGCCUGUUGCCUGUGAUGGAAGAACUUGAUGUGAAUGUGAGUUCGAGUGAGGGCUUCGGCAUCGCGGAGAAGAUCGUGCUGCUCUCCUUCAUCUCCGCCGUCAUCCUGAUGGCCAUCCUGGGCAACCUGCUGGUCAUGGUGGCCGUGUGCCGGGACAGGCAGCUCAGGAAAAUCAAGACCAACUAUUUCAUUGUUUCCCUGGCCUUUGCUGACCUGCUGGUGUCGGUGCUGGUGAUGCCCUUUGGAGCCAUUGAGCUGGUUCAGGACAACUGGAUCUAUGGAGAGAUGUUCUGCCUGGUGCGGACAUCCCUGGAUGUGCUGCUCACCACAGCAUCCAUCCUGCACCUCUGCUGCAUCUCCCUGGACAGGUACUAUGCCAUCUGCUGCCAGCCCUUGGUGUACAGGAACAAGAUGACCCCGCUGCGCAUCGCGGUGAUGCUGGGAGGGUGCUGGGUAAUCCCAACCUUCAUUUCUUUCCUCCCUAUCAUGCAAGGCUGGAAUAGCAUUGGCAUCAUUGAUCUGAUCCAGCAAAGGCAGUUCAACAAAGCCUCCAACUCCACCUACUGCAUCUUCAUGGUGAACAAGCCCUACGCCAUCACCUGCUCCGUGGUGGCCUUCUACAUCCCCUUCCUGCUGAUGGUGCUGGCCUACCACCGCAUCUACGUGACGGCGCGGGCGCACGCGCGGCAGAUCCGGCUGCUGCAGCGCGCGGGGAACCCGGCCGAGCCCCGGCAGCAGCCCCAGGAGCCCCGGCAGCACCCCCAGGAGCCACGGCAGCACCCCCCUGACCAGCACAGCACCCACCGCAUGAAAACCGAGACCAAAGCUGCCAAGACCCUGUGCAUCAUCAUGGGCUGCUUCUGCCUCUGCUGGGCCCCGUUCUUCGUCACCAACAUCGUGGAUCCCUUCAUAAACUACACGGUGCCCGGCAAGCUGUGGACGGCCUUCCUGUGGCUGGGCUACAUCAACUCGGGCUUGAACCCUUUCCUCUAUGCCUUCCUCAACAAGGCCUUCAGACGUGCCUUCCUCAUCAUCCUGUGCUGCGGUGAUGAGCGCUACCGAAGGCCUUCCAUCCUGGGCCAGACCGUGCCCUGCUCCACCACCACCAUCAACGGCUCCACGCACGUGCUGAGGUACACGGUUUUACACAAUGGGCACCACCAGGAGCAAGAGAAGCUUCCCAUCCACACCGACCCUGAAUCCCAAGAGUCCUGUUUCUAGUCCUGGGCCCAGAAGAGGAACAGUCCAGCUGGAAGAACAAAGGUCUUGUAGGAUAUCCCAAGGAUUCUCGGGCAGCAGGACUGGAAAAAUCCUCCAUCUGCGUUAUCAUGGUGCCUCCUGCAGUGAAUUCCCAGGAAUGUCCAGCCAUGGAGCUGGGUGGGAGCGUGGGCAGGGUCAGGACUGCUGUCCCUGUCCCUGCAGGAGCAGCUGGAGCUCGGCUGUGCCAGAGCCCUGCUCCAGGAAUGGGGAAUUCCUGGCAAAGUCAGGACAGAGAACAGCUCCAAACCACCCCGUGCCGGGACUCCUGCUGCUCCUUUCCAGCUGCUCCUUCCCAGCUGCCCUCUGCUCAGCUCAUCCCCCUGUCCUGGAGGUCACCAGGUGUGGCUGAAGCCCAGCAGGAUGGGACUGAGCUGCUCCAUCCCUGCCAGGUCCUGCCCGGAGACCGGACACUGUCAGGGGAGGAGCAGCUCCAGGUUUUCUCCAGGAAAACGAGAGGAAAUGUUUGCUGUCCUUUGGUUCCACCCCUGGGGGGAGGCCAGCACCAGUUACUGCUUCCCCCAGCCCUGCAGAGCUCUGGGAAUGCUUUGGUUGUGUUUCCUGGCCAAGGAGGAUUCCAGGGGUUGGAGUGGGACCUGCAGGGACAUCCCAGCUCAGAGCCACGGCUGUGCUCUGCCAUUCCCAAUGGAUGGCAUGUGGCCCUGGAGCCCAGUGCUGUCCCCAUCCCUCCCCUGAGCAAACUUUGGGCAUUCUGAGCUAGCAGGAAGCUUGCCCAGAGGCAGAGCCAGUCUGCAAUGGAUCACUAAGUGCCAUCUUGGAAAACAAACCAUCUAAACCCUUUUCUAGCUCCGCUUGGAAGAGAGACUUCUACUUACCUUCGCCACCUUAUUUUUCUAUUUGUUGCUGGUCUCUUCCAGUUGAGGCAGGAAGUUCUCCAGACUUCCCAGUGUCACCCUUUGCAAAGAUCUCUGUCCUCAGCUGCUCCCUGCAUGUCGAUGUUGCCACGUUCCUCGUGAGCUGCUUCCCCCUUUGCAUGGGAAGGGUGGGCAAGGCUCUCAACUCCACGAAUUUGGGAAAAGGAUUUUCAUGCAGGAUCAAGACCACGAGCCUCGACCCUUCUUAGGUGAAGAUCUACCCCAGCAAUGCCACCCUGAGCCUAGAAAAUAAAACUGUGCUUUGGUACAGCGUGUAACCAUGUACAGAUAUUUUUAAUGUACAAAGAAAAGCUGACAUUAUUUAUUAUUUUUUAUCAGGAACACGUGGUUUUUUCAUUAAAAGCUUCUAGAUCAAGGAGCUUAACAUCCUGUGUAUUAUUAUUUAGUAAUAUUUCUGUUGCUAUGUGACAGGUAUUUACUGUAAACAGACAAAUCCUGCUUGGAACAAACAAAAAUGUUGCUCGGUAGGAGAAAUGUUGUGCAUGAGAAGAAGAAGUGGCUUCCUGGCCAUGGUGUCUAACUUCUUUAAAUCCUUCUUCCACAGCAAAGUCACUGAUAGAGCUUCACAUCCUUCUCCUUUAGGAUUCCAAAGGGCACUGGGCAGAAACAGCCCUGAUUGGAAGACCCAGGCAGAAAAUUGCUGGCAGUUGGAAAGACACAAAUUAUUGGUGUUGGUGGUGGAAGGUGCUCCUGGUUCAUCAUCGGGACCUGUUUGGCAAUGACCUGUUUUUACAGGGCUUUGUUUCCUAAAAAUAUUCAUUUAACUUCACUCUUUUACUCACCAGAGCAGUGAGUGAAAAAAAGCCAUUAUUGAAAGUUUGGAAAAAAAUCCAUCCAGGGUUGCUUCAGUCCUGUGAUCCUCCCCCUGUGUGGAAGUGCCCACCGGGGUUUUGUUGGGAUUUGGGCACACGAGGCUGCAAAACAGCUUGGCUUGUUUUCACCUCAAGUGCCAAAUUUCGUAAAGAAAUCCUAAAAAAAACCUUUUCUCUGUCCCCAUUAAACGGCACUGAAAUCUUGGUGUGACAUUUCCUGGCGUGAGAUGGAACCAGCAGCACUGGGAAGCCACAGGAAGGGGCUCUUUGGUUCUGCCGUUGUCCUUCAGGCGUUGUUUUCUCCUUUAUUCUUAUGUGCAUUAGGAAAAGAUCUCUUCUGAAUUUAAAAGGAACUCCCGACUUCCCCAGGGGCAGCGUUCCCAAGGCUCUGUCAGUGGGAGCAGUGGCUCACCAGCCAAAAUGGUCAACAGCUCUCGCUGGGAAAGGGCUCCCCUUCCAACUGGAUGGAAUUCCAAACACGAAAUGUCCAUGUUUUGUGUCCCCUCCAACUCCUCCUUGGGCUCAGCAAACCUGUCAGGAACCACCUGGCAGCUCCUGCUGGCUAAACCAAGAAUCCAGCAAAGCUGCUGUGAGCCCAGCAAUGCCACCGUGCCAUCGGCAGUGGCAGGAUUGCCCUGGAAAAGAAGAAGGUGUCUCAUGGAAAGGCCCCACUCUGGAUUUCCUUGGCUGCUCCUGUGGCCUCCCAGUUCAGCUUCCCCAUUGCCCAUCUUGGCUGGUGGUGCCAGUCCUUGCCUGUGCUCAGUGAUGUGUGGUGCAGUGGCUGUUCCUAAAAUAAAAGCUCCUCUCUGGACAUGGCACUGAA